AGUGGGUGGGGCUCGUUACACAACAGAGUCCCGCAUCCCAGACCGCAAAGGAUCUUCAAAGGCCCUGAUAUUUUCAGUGUGGGGAAGAAGAGAGAGAGAGAGAGCAUUGGAAAUGGCGGCUAAAGGUAUUCUUGUGGGACUCUUCUUGAUCGCUUGCUGGGCAGUAGUCACCAGGUCGACGCUACACGCGUCCUGCAAGCUCACCUGGACGUUCACUGUGCCGUGUGAUACAGUCCACGACCUGAUCAUCAAGCAGAUGGAAAAGUGGAACUCCAGCAGUCUUUGCCCCACAGGCACCGAGAAGUGUGGAUACACGAUCGACUCAGCCACAAACACUGCGACUGAGAUCAAGGGCACCCACACUACUCCAGUACACCAUUAUGUGGACGAUCUCUCCAUGGGGUUUGAGAAUGACACAAAGAUCUGCACCGUGAAGGGUUACUCCACGUCAGAGGUUAUCUACGCCAUUUUUGAUAAAGGCACCAACUACUGCAACCUCCACAACCUGGUGUCUGGUAGUGGACUCACCAACACCACUAGAUACGGGUUCAAAGAGGUGACUCAUGACAGCGUGUGUACUCAGUACUCUUCUGCCGACUGCUCUAAAUACUAACUGACAUUGGCUAGCUAGCCAGCUAUAUACUGUUAAUUAACUGGUGAUACAGCUUUAAAGAAAACUGUAUGUGUGGUGUGUGCGUCAUUUUGUCAAUCUCAUCAAA